AUGGAGGGACGUGUCCACUUUCUCUUCCUUCGCUAUCAACUAUGCGCGGAGCCCCGUCGAAAGAUCAAGAUGAAGCAAGCUUCUACGACAACCUGCUCUCUAUUCUUCACAGGCGUUUCCCGUACAUUGCCAAGAGGUCGAAACAAUGAUUUGAAGGUUUUCGCUGGACGAUAUGUUGAUAUUCCAUAUGAUUUAUGGCCGGAGGUUGGCCCUCGUAUUAACAAGAUAAAAGUUAUCUCUCGCGCGUUACAGUCCCCCAUUCUUCGGAUCCGGCUGCACUAUGAUCAGGACGAAAUCAAGCCCUGACGCGGACGCUUAAGACUAGCCCAGUAAGUCGAUCGAUGCAGAUAUUCGUUGUGACUAUCACCGCCAAGACGAUAACAGUGACACUACCUAAGGUUGCAUCAGUCUCUGAUCUAACAGCAAUGGCAUACCCUCGAUCAGCAACGACCGGGCAGAAAUAUCAUGCUUUCUAGUAUUUUCCGAAUAUCGGUAAUAUUAAAUAUUAUACAAGUCGUCAUAUUCGUAGCUUUCCCAG